GCGCCAGAGGAUUCCGGAGACUUUCCCACAUGUGAAAAAAACAUGAGGACACUAUUUAGAUGUUUUUCUCUUCAGCUAGUAUUUGUUCUUCGGUCAGCACCAAGAAAUAACAAUCUUUAGCAUUUUCUUUGAUUGACUUAACAUAUUUUCUUAACCUGAAUUCAACAUUUGUCGCUCUAGCAAACUUUUCAGCUCUCAAGGUAGGCAGCUAAUUUAAGUUAGCCACCUUGGUAACAUCUAACGUUAGCUAGCUAUCAUGGAUAACUCGGACGAAAAUUCGGUACAAUUCCACGGGGAUGAAGAGAUUAUAGAAGUCAUCGACCUUAACGAAACAGAGCAAAACCCAGAUGAUUUGGCGGACGAGUUCGAGGACGUGGACGUCGGAGAGACUGAGGACGGAGACAAUGAACAGGAAGACUGGGAUACCGACGACGAGAUGGAGCAGGAAAAGGAGCAAGAUGACAGCGAGCUCACCUUUUCCAAACACACGGGCUCUGUGUUCUGUGUGAGUCUGGACCCAGCCACAAACAACUUGGCUGUGACCGGAGGAGAGGAUGACAAGGCCUAUGUCUGGAGAGUGAGUGACGGGGAAGUGCUGUUUGAAUGUACAGGCCAUAAGGACUCCGUGACAAGUGUUUUAUUCAGCCAUGAUUCUUCCCUGGUGGCCACGGGGGACAUGAGCGGGCUGAUCAAGGUCUGGAAGGUGGAGACCAAGCAGGAGGUGUGGUCCUUCGAGGUGGGAGACCUGGAGUGGAUGGAGUGGCACCCCUGCGCCCCGGUGCUGCUGGCGGGCAUGGCGGACGGUAACGUUUGGAUGUGGAAGAUCCCAGGGGGUGACUGUAAGACCCUGCAGGGCCCUGGCUGCCAGUCUACCAGUGGAAAGGUCCUGCCAGACGGGAAGAGAGCUGUGGUGGGCUAUGAAGAUGGGAACGUACGACUUUGGGACCUCAAGCAGGGAAAUGCCACCCAUGUGAUUAAAGGUCAUGAUGGACACCAGGGGGCGCUGACGUGCCUGGCCUGUAACAAGGACGGCUCUCUGGUGCUGACGGGCUCCGUGGAUGGCCGUGCCAAGCUCAUCAACACUGCCACUGGCAAGGUGUUGGGUGUGUUCUCUGUGGACGGGGGCAAAGCCAAAGCCUCUCAGGAGGAUGCCGAGGAGACCAACUCGGUGGAGUCAGUGGGGUUCUGCAAUGUGUUGCCUCUGAUAGCGGUGGCGUAUCUGCAUGGGACCCUGGCUAUCUAUGACCUCUCCUCACAGGUCCUCAGACACAAGUGUCAGCACCAGGCUGGCAUUGUUAAACUGCAGUGGGAGGAGUCAUCCUCUGUGGUGUCCACCUGUAGUCUGGACGGGGCGGUGAGGCUGUGGGAUGCCCGCUCGGGAACCAUGGUGUCAGAGUACCGUGGCCACCAGGCGGAGAUCCUCGACUUCACACUCAACAGAGAAGCCUCUAUGGCGGUCACUGCCUCUGGAGACCACCAGGCCAAACUCUUCUGCCUCCAACGGCCAGACCGUUAAUAAGAGGAGCAGAGGGAGAAAGAGCGAGAGAAAUGGGGAUGGACUCAACCCCGAUCGCGCUUUGUCGACAAUGCACCUUAAAGGCAAUAUUCCCGUUUUUGUGGAGACCGUUUUAACAGUGGACACUGCACAUAUCGGCUCAAUCCGAAGUUGUCGCUUAACCUCUCUGGGAAAUGUGGGAUGGUAGCCAACAGCCAGUGAAAGCGCAGGGCGCCAAAUUCAAAACAACAAAAAUCUCAUAAUUAAAAUUACUCAAUCAUACACGUAUUUUACACCAUUUUAAAGAUAACAUUCUUGUUAAUCCAGCCACAGUGUCUGAUUUCAAAAAGGCUUUACAGCGAAAGCACCAUAAACGAUUAUGUUAGGUCACCACCAAGUCACAGAAAAACACUGCCAUUUUUCCAGCCAAAGAGAGGAGUCACAAAAAGCACAAAUUGAGAUAAAAUGAAUCACUAACCUUGAUGGUCUUCAUCAGAUGACACUCAUAGGACUUCAUGUUACACAAUAAAUGUAUGUUUUGUUUGGUCAAGUUCAUAUUUAUAUCAAAAAAAUCUCAUUUUACUUUGGCGCGUUACGUUCAGUAGUUCUAAAACAUGCGGUGACUCUGCAGAGAGCCACAUCAAUUUACAGAAAUACUCAUCAUAAAUGUUGAUGAAAAUACAAGUGUUAUACGUGGAAUUAGAGAUAUACUUCUCCUUAAUGUAACCGCUGUCAGAUUUUUAAAAAACUUUACAGGAAAAGCAAACCAUGCAAUAAUCUGAGUACAGCGUUCAGACAACAAAGCAGCCUACAUAUUGACUACAUAUUGUGUAGUCAACAUUAGUCAGAAAUAGCAUUCUAAAUAUUUACUUACAUUUGAUGAUCUUCAUCAGAAUGCACUCCCAGGAAUCCCAGUUCCACAAUAAAUGUUUGAUUUGUUCGAUAAAGUUCAUAAUUUAUGUCCAAAUAGCUUCUUUUGUUAGGGAGUUUGGUAAACAAAUCCAAACGCGCGUGCAAGUCCAGCCGAACGUCGAACGAAACGUUCAAAAAGUUAUAUUACAGGUCGUAGAAACAUGUCAAAGUAAGUAUAGAAUCAAUCUUUAGGAUGUUUUUAUCAUAAAUCUUCAAUAAUGUUCCAAAUUGGAGAAUUCCUAUGUCUGUAGAAAAGCAAUGGAAUGAGAGCUAACUCUUGUGACUGUGCGCCACGAGCUCGUGGCACUCUGCCAGACACCUGGCUCAAUCCCCUCUCAUUCAGCCCCCCUUCACAGUAGAAGCCUGAAACAAGGUUCUAAAGACUGUUGACAUCUAGUGUAAGCCUUGGGAAGUGCAACAUAACCAAUAUCCCACUGCAUAUUGGAAUGGCAAAGAGUUAAACUACAAACCUCAGAUUUCCCAUUUCUUGGUAGGAUUUUUGAGUUCUGUUAUACUCACAGACAUCAUUCAAACAGUUUUAGAAACUUCAGAGUGUUUUCUAUCCAAUACUACUGAUAAUAUGCAUAUAUUAGCAUCUGGGACAGAGUAGCAGGCAGUUUACUCUGGGCACCUUAUUCAUCCAAGCUACUCAAUACUGCCCCCCAGUCACCAAGAAGUUAAAUGGCGCAUUGUCAACAAAGCGCAAUCGGAUUGAAUCCCGGCCUUUCAUUGUGUUUUCUCACAACUGAGGGUUUUUGAACUGUCUUGUAUCGAUUGUGGUCUGUCUGAUCUAUAGUAGACCUGCAUUGUUCUAGAAGCUUCUAGAACUGCCAGCCAUUCUACUCAGGUUUCUCAAGUAGAACCCACACAAAAUAUAUGCAUUCUAAGUGGUGUGGUAGUGUAGAUGUUGGAACACGUCAACCUAGAGGCAAUGAAGCAUCUACCAGUAGACCAAUGGGAUACGUCGUGUGGUCCUUGAUUUAUUACUAAAUACACUUUCAACUACACCUUGGUGUUCCCUGUGCGAUUUGGUUUGAUGACAUUAUGAAUACACAUUAAGGUAAUAGAGCUAAUAAUAUCUGGUGAUUUGUGGAGUGUAAUUCUCACUUUCUCCCUAAAUCACCCCAAUUAUGUCAACUCAACCUUAUGUACUGUAAAUAUAUUGGGCCCUGUUGAAAUACUUUAGAAAUGCAUCCGUCCUUCCUUUUCUGAAGUAAUCACGAAUCUGGAUUGGUGGAAAUAAUGUGAUAACUUUGCUAUCCCUUACCCCAUCACUGACCUUAAGGAAACAUGGAAGGAAGGGUGCAUCUCUGAAGUAUUGGGACAGAGCCAUGGGCUUUGUUCUGCUGUUUGUUGGCACCAUUAAAGACGUUUUCAACCCAA